GGCAACUGCCCGAGCAGCCAAGAGGGGUCUGUUUUGUGAGAUCAGAGUGUCAUCUAACAUAAGUAGGGAUCGUUGGGGACACAAAAGUUGACGUUUCGAUGCUCUAAACGCGAUUUCAAGCCAAACGGCAUCUAACCCCAGACGUCGAGCGAAGCCCAUCCGCCGAUGUGAUGAACAAAUCUCAAGCUGUUUGCCGCUAUUUCGCGUCGGGAGGAACCUGUUUCUACGGCAAUGAUUGUCAAUUUAUUCACGGUAAUCCCGACCAACACCAGAAGCAGAAUGACUCUGGGCAUCUACUCGGAGAAGAGGUUUUCGCUGGUUACGAGCUUCCAGCUGAGUCCAAACUCAGCUCAUACAUCGCGACUCGCGUUUUCAAGGACCCCAUGGCAAACCCGAUGUCAAACCUCUCAAUUCAGGAUGUGACAGCGCAAGAAUUCGUUCCUUCAUCUAAUCCUGGGAGCUCGUCGAGUGUAAACAAUGUCCCCAACCCAACGAUGCCGCUGACGAUGAGCUCACCCAGCUUCGUCAAAUCUCCUCACAUGUUAAGGGACAGAGAGAGUCCUGAGAAUUCCCCGGUCAUAGCUCGGCGUUCGUUCAUAAGGAAUCCCUCACCUCUGACCGUUAACGGUGGCGACUACACGGGAAUGUAUCAGGAAUCUCUCGGAGGCACAACCUACUUUUAUCAACCCCAUGAAGAAAACGGAGCCCCUCAAAAUGAAAUGCUCCCUCCCGGACCAGCAUCCCAUCCUGAAUCAGAAAUUAUCCCUCCCACAUUUCAUGCUUAUCCCGGCCCCCCAACGCACGUCGAUCACAUGAAACCGAAGGCCAACGCACCAUCCUUUUUCAUGCCGGACGAUCUCCGCUUAGAACUUCUCAACAGGGCGUCGAUAUUGAAUGCGAGAUGCAACUUGGACCUGUUCCCUGAUCUUCCACAACAAAUUGACAAUUACACCAACAUCUGCCCCUUGGAGGCACAGAUAAACAAGAGCGUUUGCUAUGGUCUCAUGACCUCAGUGUACAAGGCAACUAACGUGAAGAGCGGACUCGUGUAUUGUCUCCGGAGGCUCCAUAACUUCCGAUUGUCUUCCAAUAAAGCGAUCAUCGAAAUCAUCGAUCACUGGAAAAAGAUCCAGCACUCGAAUCUUGUUCAGUUGAGGGAACUGUUCACCACGAAAGCAUUUGGUGACAACUCCGUUGUUUUUGUUUAUGACUUUUUCCCUGGAGCUCAAACUCUCAAGCAAACGUACUUCGCGACGCAUCCGAGCAUGCAGGGUGCAGGCGGACCAGGAGGUCCCGCUGGCUAUAACGGCGCGAUCAACGGUGGGAAAAACCGCGCUGCCGGGAGAAUGCAGCAGGACGCUUCGCUGCGGCAGGGCCACGGGCUUCUUCCCGAAAGUUUGAUAUGGACUUACAUCGUUCAGCUGAGUUCGGCCUUGCGAACAAUCCACGCAGCAAACCUCGCUAUGAGAUGCAUCGACCCCAGCAAGGUGCUACUGAGCUCGGCGGGGAAAUCCCGCCUACGACUGAAUUGCGCCGCCAUCGUGGACCUUAUCACAAUCGAUUCUCAACAACAACAGCAGCAGCAACAGCAGCGUACAUUAAUCCCCCAUCACCAAAAAGAGGAUUUGAACGGUCUCGGUCGACUCAUCCUCUGCUUGGCCUGCAACAAUCCGACUGCAUAUCAGUAUCUCGAAAGCUCGCUGGACUGCGUGACGAAACACUAUUCGACCGAUCUUCGGAAUUUGUUGCUGCUGCUGCUAGGUCACCCGUUGCGAGUCACCACAAUCAACGAUAUAAUGCCGAUGAUCGGCGCUCGCUUCUACACCCAAUUGGAUUCGGCCCAGAUGCGCAGCGACGUUCUCGAAGCCGAAUUGGCGAAAGAGGUUGAGAAUGGGCGACUCUUCAGACUUUUAGUAAAGUUGGGCGCCAUCAACGAGCGUCCCGAGCUCAACAUGGACACGACUUGGAGCGAAACUGGUGAUCGUUAUAUGCUGAAAUUGUUUCGCGACUACUUGUUCCAUCAGUGUACGAAGGAAGGCGUGCCGUGGCUCGACAUGGCGCAUGUGGUACAGUGCCUCAACAAACUCGACGCGGGCAUUGACGAGAAAAUCUGUCUCGUGUCACGCGACGAGCAGAACGUUCUCGUCGUCAGCUAUCAGGAACUGAAACGCUGCAUAGAGGCGGCUUUUUCAGAGAUCUACACUAAACCUCAUCCGGCUUGAAUGCACACUGAUCUCUCUUGUGUAAAAGAUAUUCAUUCGGAGACACUCUGCAACGCUUAUCCAGUCCAACGAACGCGUGUCGAUGGAUGUUGCGCACACGAGAGACAGGGUUUCGGAGACAAGAGGGAAACAUUGUAGUCGACGGGGAAAAAUUCAAUACGGGGAAACGAAGAAAAAAGUCGACUGGGCAGACAUAGCGAAAGACGACGGGUGAACAGCAGACCGGAGAACCACUGCGUUCGUUCAAGAGCGGGUCAUCAUCAGGAGCCAUAAUGACGACGAAAAACAUUAAGGAAAACGACAAAUCUACUUACUUGUGAGUCGUGAUCGCCAAUGGCCAGUAUAGGUAUAUUCGCUGUACAAAUCUGUACUUAUGUACUUGAUGACCAUGGAGAUUGUGGGGUUUUCAAUCUGCGGAAUCAUAGGGUCUCAUUUGACUUGUAGUUGAUUGACUGAUUCAGGACUUGUGAGAGGGACGGAAAUCGAACGGAACCAACUGAGAGAAAGAACACGAAAAAAGGCUAAUAUCUAGCCGAGACAGAGGAUGAGAAGAACCGAGGGAGUACCCUCGGGGUGGAGCUCGGAACUCCCAAUUGGAGGUUGUUUGGAAGUGAACGAUUCGGAACCGUGACGGGACGUUGAAAGACGAAGGAAUCGGCGGAGAAAACUUAUUCAAAGGACGCGUCAUCUGUUGCAGCAUGUUGAUUUGAUGCGCAAGACGCUCCGAUUUCUGACCUCCUUGUACUAUGUAAAUGUGUAUCAAUGUAAUAUGUGGCGGUCGCUGUAGAAAAACAAAAACACAAAUGUGAAGAAGCUAAAACGUGAGAUGUGGAAAGCAGGCGUGAACGAAGAUGAUACACUGUAUGUGGUUCAAGCGGCGAGAUGCGAAAAAAAACGCGCAGCAGGAGUCUAUCCGAGUGUUUACCUUUUUAAUAAACGAGUAAAGUAAAAGUA